AUGGACGGAACACAACGGUACCUUCUGAUCGCGACCGCGGCACUCUUCCUCUUCUUUGACCUCUGCCAUGGAGUGCGAGCACCAGGCGCCAAGAAGAAAGUGGGACCAAUAGACCAGUCUGCAGCCGCUGCGUCUUGGCAUGAUUUCGACAACUCAGAUUUUUUCCAAUCUGAACAUGCUGUGAUCCAAACUCACCCCUCGAUAGGAGGAGGGCCCAGAUUUAGUUCAGGGGGAGGGAGAAAGGCGUGGAAACAUUUAGAUUUUCGAAAUUCGGCGACUGCUGAAUUAUUAAAAAAUCCCUCACUGUCGUCACCUGAUGAAUGUGCGAGAGCUUGUCGAGAAGGAGAACCCCCAAGAAUUUGCUAUUAUCAUUUCACGCUGGAAUUGUACACCGUGCUUGGAGCAGCCUGCCAAGUGUGUACACCUAACGCCACCAACACCGUCUGGUCCCAUUGUCAAUGCGUCUUAGCCGAUGGUGUCGAAAGAGGCAUUCUAACAGCAAACCGUAUGAUCCCAGGACCCAGCAUCCAAGUCUGCGAAGGUGACAAGGUUGUGAUCGACGUCGAGAACCACAUCGAAGGCAACGAAGUGACCCUCCACUGGCACGGAGUCUGGCAAAGAGGAAGUCAAUACUAUGAUGGAGUGCCUUUCGUUACCCAAUGCCCCAUUCAGCAAGGAAACACCUUCAGGUACCAAUGGAUAGCCGGAAACGCUGGCACUCACUUCUGGCACGCUCACACCGGUUUACAAAAAAUGGACGGUCUUUACGGCAGUGUUGUGAUCCGUCAACCACCAGCCAAGGACCCCAACAGUCACUUAUACGACUAUGAUUUGACCACACACGUUAUGCUUUUGAGUGACUGGAUGCACGAAGACGCUACUGAAAGAUUCCCCGGAAGAUUGGCUGUCAACACUGGACAAGAUCCCGAGAGUUUGCUCAUCAACGGAAAAGGACAAUUUAGAGAUCCCAAUACUGGCUUUAUGACCAAUACUCCACUUGAAGUCUUUACCAUUACGCCUGGACGAAGAUACAGGUUUAGGAUGAUUAAUUCGUUCGCUUCAGUGUGUCCAGCUCAGUUGACGAUUCAAGGACAUGAUUUGACGCUUAUUGCUACCGAUGGAGAGCCAGUGCAUCCCGUGAGGGUUAACACAAUCAUCUCGUUUUCAGGUGAACGAUACGAUUUUGUAAUCAACGCUGACCAAACACCCGGUGCUUAUUGGAUCCAACUUCGAGGCUUAGGGGAGUGUGGCAUAAGAAGAGUACAACAGUUGGGUAUUCUGCGGUAUGCCAAAGGGCCAUACCAACCCAGCCAAGCCCCGCCCACUUAUGACUACGGUAUUCCCCAAGGAGUGGUUUUAAAUCCUUUGGACGCAAGAUGUAAUGAAAUUCGACCAGACGCCAUCUGUGUAAGCCAGUUAAAGAAUGCCCUCAGCAUUGAUAAGGGUAUUCUGCGCGAAAAACCAGACGUUAAAAUUUUCUUACCCUUCCGUUUCCAUAUCUACACGCCUGAGGAUCUUUUCGCCCCCAAUACAUACAACAGACAUUUAGUUGCACCAAAUGGCGACCACGUCAUAAGUUUAAUCGACGAAAUUUCCUACAUGGCCCCACCUGCACCUCUCAUAUCUCAAUAUGACGAUAUCGACCCCCAACAAUUCUGCAACGGUGAUAACCGACCAGCCGAUUGCCAACAAAACUGCAUGUGCACCCACAAAGUUGACAUUCCACUCAACGCCAUCGUCGAAAUCGUACUAGUUGACGAAGUACAACAACCAAAUCUAAGCCAUCCAUUCCACUUGCACGGCUAUGCCUUCAACGUGAUCGGCAUUGGGCGAUCUCCUGACCAAAACGUGAAGAAAAUCAACUUGAAGCAUGCGCUAGAUCUGGACAGACAAGGGCUUCUCCACCGUCAAUUCAACCUUCCGCCAGCUAAAGACACGAUAGCUGUGCCAAACAACGGAUACGUGGUGUUACGACUUAGGGCAAACAAUCCCGGAUUCUGGCUGUUCCAUUGUCACUUCCUCUUCCACAUUGUAAUAGGAAUGAAUCUAGUUUUGCAAGUUGGCACCCAUGCCGAUCUGCCGCCGGUUCCCCCCAAUUUCCCCACAUGUGGAGACCACGUGCCAGAAAUUAACUCGAAUCCUAACCUCGUUUAAGAUUUAGAUCGUUCCUCUGAAACUUUGUUUCGUGGAACGAAACCAAUUAAGUUACCUUCACCAAAUUCGUUUGUUUUGCUGUGAAAAUUGAUUAUUUUCGAUCUUGCCAUUCCAAAAAUCUUCAAUCUAGUGUUACUCAAUUUGUAAUUUAUAUUAUUUAUCUACAAAUGGUUUUUAUUCGCCAUAAUUAAUUUAGGUAAGUAUAAGUAGUCUUCAACCCCUUCCGAUACUUCCUUAGAAAUUACCAUAGGUGCUGUAUAUAUUGGCCGAAUGGCGUCUGUAGACUGUAGUGUAAAUACAAUAUGGCGCUUGCAUUGCAAAUUGUUACCAAUCUACCGAAUUUGCAAUUCGAAGCGAGUCUACCUACUUAUAAUAAUCAGUAUUUGAUGCUAGAGUUCUUUAUUUUUUUAUAAAAUUUCCAGAAAUUUAGGUAAUAAUCUAACCCAGAAUUCACAUUGUACAGAUUUCGUCUAAUGGUGUCACACUAACCCCAGUUAUUUAAGAUUGUCCUAGUCUUCCGCAGUCUUCAAUAACUAUACAGAGUUACUGUUAUUUUUAUAAAAUACGUAUUAUAAAAAAGUUCAAUAAAAAAUGUUAAUCAAUU